AUGACGCCUUCAAGCACAGACGGCCUUCCACCACCACUGUGUCCGGUCCGCGACGACGUUCCCAAGCGCGUCCCCUGGAACAGUACACCCUCCAUCAACCGUCUGCCCACCAAGCUCCUCCUCCGCAUCUUCGCCGCCUGCUGCCAGCCCACCAGCUUCGUCAAGGAGGACCCAAGACGAACCCACCUGCGGCGCACGGUGCUCCUCCUCGUCUGUCGCAGGUGGCGGGACUUCAUCGAGAGUACUCCGACACUCUGGACAUUCGUCUCGCCGCACACGCCUCCGCACCUGUACGAUCUGUUGCUGUCACGCGCGACUGGGGCGGGCCUCGACUUCUCGUUCAACCAUGAAUACAGGUCGGAUUGGCCUUCUUCAUCGCCCCUUUCUCCCGUCUAUACAUCCCUCGACCUGCCUGAUGGAGAAGACGAUCAGACGAUAAGGAAUGGGGAGGACAGCGACGGCGAGAGGGAGGAUGGCCAUUCGGAGCACGCUCGAUGGAUCGAUAUCCACUUCAACUGGACAGAGGUGGCCGGGGCGGUGAUCGCCGCUCAAUCGAAACGGACACGCAGUCUUGCGUUGGUGGAUACCAUUGGUUCGUUGCGCUACACCUCGCCGUUCUUCGAAGCCCUCUUUCAGGACAGAACGUGGCCCAUCCUCACAGACUUGUCCGUCCCUUUCACCUAUGUGCACGAUCACGGAUCUCCUGCUCGCAAUGCCGAGUUCUUGUCUCUCACCCCGGCGCGCUUCCCGAGACUCCAACACCUCACCCUCGACAUGGUCCUCCCCAUCGAGCCGACGCUGUUUCCUCAGCUCAAGACACUCAACCUCACAGGCCCUACAGUGCAUUGGCCUCCUGUGGAAGACUUCCUCCUCUGCCUCUCUCAAUCUCCUCGGCUCGAAGAGCUCUUCAUACGGCGCAAGCGGCCGGGUGGGUUCCAAGACGGACCUGCGGCUCGUCACUAUCCCCCACCGGCACCCACAUCUACACUCCAACUCCCUUUGACGCUACCCCGUCUGCGCUCGUUGGGCCUUGGUGCCGCGCGUCACGAGGAGGUCAUGCUGCUCCUUCAGGCCUUUCCCUUUGCUCGCGCCGACCUCAAUGUUACCGGUCUCUUCAAUGAGGAUUGGCGCCACCCGCCCGCGAACGUCGACCUCGGCCGUUGCCUCAGCAUCAUCGACGCCUUCUUUCCUGAACGCGGGGAGACAACGCCGAUCCCUUUUCCCCGCUCGGUACAAAGGUUGUCCGUCUGUGCGAACCAAUACGAGGCUACCAUCAAGGGACUAGCCGACGACGACCCCCCAACCACUCUGUUCGAGUGGAGCGCUUCUUCCACGAGGGAAUCCCUCGACGGUGCACCCCCCAGCCACUACGACCUCACCUGCAGCAUCAACGACGUCAUCACGCUCUUCCGCGGAUCGCCCUUGCGGCGCAUCAGGUUCUCCAGCGACGACGUGGGCCCCGCAGACGGUCAGUGGCACAGACUGUUUGCGGCGUUCCCCACUCUCGAGCACCUCGAGGUCGUUGGCGACGGAACACCGAUUGGCCUCCUCCAUGCGCUCACCCCCACCCCGUCCUUGUCGAACGUUGCGGACAGCGGCCCCUGUCGUGCUCUCCGGGAACUGUCCUGCUUCGUCCGCCCGCCGCCAGAGACCACGGAGGCGAUCUUCCUAACGAUGAUCGAGUGUCUCCGAGCGCGGGCACGGCACGGCAUGCACCCGCUGCGCCAAGUCGGGGUGCACGUGCCGAUGUCGAGCUACGCGGAUCCAGAAGAAAGGUUCCAGUUCGCGGUCGAACCUUACCUGGAGGAGUUGCGAGAGCUGGUCGAGGGAGAGGUCGAUUUCGGCCGUUCAGGGUACAUGGAGAGUAUCGGUUACAAACGGCGAACGCCGCCCAAUCCCGGCGCCACGCACAGCUCGCCCUCAUCAAAAACGCUUGGGCAAAAGGCAGGAGCAACUCGCCACACCGCCCUAAUCGAGGAACAGCCACUAGCUGCAACGAGGACCUGCCUGCCUGCACGUCUUGCCGGACUGGCUGUUGCUCGUCACGAGCACGCCCGGGUCGACGGUGUCCUCAGCUGCUCCUUUGUCGUCGCCGUCGUCGUCGCGAACGUCCGUGCACCGCCCGCGUCCAAGAAGCAGCCCGACCAGUCCCCCAAGCCCGCCCUUCUGCGCGUGGAGGCAGACGAUAUCUUCGUCCGGCUCCCCCACGGCUCCACAUUUGAGCCCUCCUCGCGCCCGGCCUACGCGUUCGAGGACGAAGCGGAGCUCCAAGCCGUGCUGGAUUUCAUCCGCGUCGACGUUCGGUGCGCGCUUCGCUCGCCUCCCGUCUCUUGCACGGCGUCCGGGAUCCCCGCAAAGCGCAACUACGACGUGACCGUGUCCACGGACGAUGAAGGCGAGGACGACGAAAAGGACGGCGGUGACUCGGACGUCCCCCCGCGCCGAGCCCCCUGCCAGGAGAAGCCCGUCUGCCCCGUCGCGGAGCAGUGCCGUCUUCGCCACCGCGGCCGUCGCUUCCGCCGGGGCGUCAAGAGCCCGAACGCGCGCCCGUCGCCGCUGUACAUGUCGCUGGCGAGCGUGAGGCGCACGAGCGGCACGCCGCGGAGCAGCGAUGAGGUCCCAGAGGCCCUUGUAGUCGUCGUGCCUCAGGGAUUCUCCCCAUCUCCUUUGGCACCCGAAAUCAACAACUCUUCUGCGUUUUUCCAUCUCGAUCCAAGGAUAACGCCUUCAAGCACAGACGGCCUGCCACCACCACUGUGUCCGGUCCACGACGACGUUCCCAAGCGCGUCCCCGAGAUGGAAGAGGGUGAAGCGGCUCAGGGCGAGAAACCGAAGGCUUGGGCUCUGCAGGUGGCUCGCGGCGACGAACGGUGCGCCGCCUGGAACAGUACGCCCUCCAUCAACCGUCUGCCCACCGAGCUCCUCCUCCACAUCUUCGCCGCCUGUUGCCAGCCCACAAGCUUCGCCAAGGAAGACCCAAGACGAACCCACCUGCGGCGCACGGUGCUCCUCCUCGUCUGUCGCAGGUGGCGGGACUUCAUCGAGAGUACUCCAACACUCUGGACUUUCGUCUCGCCACACACGCCUCCGCACCUGUACGAUCUGCUGCUGUCGCGAGCGGGUGGGGCGGGCCUCGAUUUCUCGUUCAAAUAUGAUGAAAGGUCGGAUUGGCGUUCGUCAUCGCCCCUUUAUCCCGACUAUACAUCUCUCGACCUGCACAACGGGGUGAGAAGUGAUGGGGACGAGGACGGUGAUUCUCCCAUAUGGCCUCAGGCAAUGUCGCCCGAAUAUUCUCCCCAGCCUGCAUCCUUCGACCUGCCUGAUGGCGAAACCGACCAGACGAUAAGCGAUGGGGAGGACGGUGACGGCGAGGACGGCGACGGCGAGGACGGCGACGGCGACGGCGACGGCGACGGGGAGAAGGGCGAUGGCCAUUCGGAGCAAGGAUGGAUCGUCCGCUUCAGCUGGUCAGAAGUGGCUGGGGCGGCGAUCGCCGCUCAAUCGAACCGGACACGCAGUCUUGCCUUGGUGAAUACCGCUCCGUUGUGCACCUUUCCGUUCUUCAAAGCCCUUUUCCAGGACAAAACGUGGCCCAUCCUCAUGGAAUUGUCCGUCGAAUUCACCGAUAUGGAGGAAGACACAUCUCCUGCUCGCCACGCCGAGUUCUUGUCCCUCACGCCGGCGCUCUUCCCGAGACUCCAACAUCUCACCCUAAACAUGGUCCUCCCCAUCGAGCCGACGCUGUUUCCUCGGCUCAAGACACUCAACCUCAUCGGUCCUACAGCGCAUUGGCCUCCUCUGGAAGACUUCCUCGUCUGCCUUUCUCAAUCUCCUCAGCUCGAAACACUCCGCAUACGCCAAGAAUUCAAUAUGUCACGAGACGGACCCGCGGCUCGUCACUAUCCUCCACCGGCGCCCACAUCCACACUCCAACUCCCUUUGAGGCUACCCCGUUUACGUUCGUUGAGCCUUGGUGCCGUGCGUCACGAGGAGGUCAUGCUGCUCCUUCAGGCUUUCCCUCUUGCUCGCGCCGACCUCGAUGUUACUGGUCUUUUCAACAAAGAUUGGCGGCAGCCGCCCGCGCACGUCGACCCCGGCCGUUGCCUCAGCAUCGUUGACGCCUUCUUUCCUGACCGCGGGGAGACAAUGCCGAUCCCUUUUCCCCGCUCGAUGCAGAGGUUGUUCGUUUAUGCCUGCUCGACCAGCGCUUCCAUCAGGGGACUAGCCGACGACGACCCCCCAACCCCUCUGUUCCAGUGGAGCGCUUCCCUGGUGCCUCCACAUACUGUCCGUACGCCCCACAGCCGCUACGACCUCCCCUGCGGCAUCAAUGAUAUCGUCACGCUCUUCCGCGGAUCCCCUUUGCGGCGCGUUCAGUUCUACACCUUCGACUCGCCCGCUGUGGCAGACGGCCAGUGGCACAGACUGUUUGCGGCGUUUCCCACUCUCGAACACCUCGAGCUUCACGGCAACGAAGAGUCGAUUGACCUCUUCCACGCGCUCACCCCUGCCCCGUCCCCGUCGAACAUUGCAGACGGCGGCCCCGGUCACGCUCUCCGGGAGCUGUCCUGCGACAUCAGCAACUCCCCGGUGCCGGGGGCCACGGAGGCGAUCUACCGGACACUAGUCGAGUGCCUCCGAGCGCGGGAGCGGCGCGGGAUGCACCCGCUGCGUCAAGUCAACAUCUACGUGUGGACGUCGAGCGAGGACCGCGCAGGGGAGGGGGUCCAGUUCGAGGUCGAACGUUACCUGGAAGAGUUGCGAGAGCUGGUCGAGGUAGGGGUAGAGGUCGGUUCCAGGUAUCCUCUUUAUUACGAUUGA